UACAGGUAGCAUCCCUUGCACACGGCGCUGUAUGCUGCGUAUGUCCGUGGUACUACCUGUUCCCCACGAGACGAAGUGCGCCAUCCGCACGGGCUACUGACCGCUCUACCGUUGGAACCCGUCUAAGAGGGUGACGCCGCGUGCACACUCGACAGCGACAUGAUGAAGAACGGGCUCCGCGCGUUCCUCGACAGGCAGAACCACCUUCGCAACUCGUCACCGCCUAGCUGCAGCUCUCCUCUGAGCUCGUCGGCUCCCUCGGCGAGCAGCUGCGUUCCGCACGCAAGGCAUGCGCGCAGAAAGCAUACGCCAAGCUUGUCACCGCGAUCGACGCGUCACCGCUCGCCGUACCGUACACCAGUGACGGCGGCAGGGCGGAGAAGGUCGCGAAGUGGCUCGCCGCGCGCGAAGAUCCCCGGCAUCGUCGCGAGCGUCACGGCGAUGGACGUCGUCCCCCUCGGGGACCAUGCACGCCCGCGGUGUACGCCGAUACAUACAUGUAUUGCAUGUCAUGUCGAGGAUGUUCCGCCGUUAUACACCGUUAGGCGGGGCUUUUGCAAGUGCUGUUGGUCUGUCCCGGGGCCUCAUGUCCUAUGUACUGUGUUCUCUGUUGCUUCUUCAGCACAACAUGUUAUACUGUACUCGACACAGCGGACAAGUCGGCUUUUAAAAAAUUGGAACAUUGGUCUUACAUAGCAAGGGUCAGUAGUUUUCUAAGCGGCCAUGUACGGUUACGUAACAUGUCACUUAAAUAUGAAAUGUUCACCGCAUGUAAGAAAUUUCGUACAUAGGUUUUGAAAGAUGUUAUGUUCGGCUACAGUACAUUGACC